GCUGUAGCCAGGUGUGGAGAGAAGUCUCCUUUCAGUAGGGAAGUAGUUUUACCUCCUGUAGAAGAUGGUUCCUGUUUGGUGUACUUGAUGAUGGUGAUGGGGUGUGAGAGCUCCCUCUACAGACCUUCUCAACUCCUGUGACGGAAAGCCGAGGGAUCCUGGAGAGCAUCCAGAGGUUUUCUCUGCUGCCCACCUACCUCCCGGUGACGUACCACAUCAACAAUGCGGACGUGUCCUUCUUCCUGAAAGAAGCCAACCAGGAUAUCAUGAGAAACUCCAGCCUGCAGUCCCGUGUGGAGUCCUUUCUGAUUUACAAAUCCAAGCGGCUCCCGGUCCUGAAUGCCAGCUACGGGCCUUUCUCCAUCGAGCAGGUGGUGCCCCAGGACUUAAUGCUGCCCUCCAACCCGCUGGGAUUCACCAACAAGUUUUCUCUUAACUGGAAGCUGAAGGCCUCCAUCCUGCGGGACAAGAUCUACCUGAGCCGGCCCAAGGUGCAGGUGCUGUUCCACGUCGUGGGCAGAGACUGGGAUGACCACAGCCCCGCGGAGAGGCUGCCCUGCCUGCGCGUGUUCGCUUUCCGGGAGACCCGGGAGGUGAGGGGCAGCUGCCGGCUGCAGGGGGACCUGGGGCUGUGUGUGGCCGAGCUGGAGCUGCUGGCCGGCUGGUUCAGCCCCCCCACGGUGGUGGCUGGGAGGAAGAAGUCGGGGGACCGGCCCGAGGGGAGCCCCGUGGAGCUCUACUACACCGUGCAGCCGGGCGACGAGCGAGGAGACUGUGUCAAGGAGGAUUCCAGGACAGGCGCUGGGGUUCGGACAGGCCACAACGACCUUGAUGAGUCGGGGCCUCCCCUGCAGAGGAUUGGGAGCGUUUUUCUGUACGAGACCCACAGCCGGCCUCCCCUGAGAGAGCUGCGUCUGGAUAACAACGUGGCCAUCCGUUACGUGCCAAAGGCUGUGCGACAAGGAGAGGUGCUGACUUUUCCUGUUGCUGUCUCCAAAAACUGCACUGAGGACCGCUUCACACUGAGGGCCAAGGUGAAGAAAGGCGUGAGCAUCGUUGGCGUGAGAGCCAGCAGCCCUUCCAUUUGGGACGUCAAGGAGAGCGUGGAUUAUACUGGGAAGUAUGCACCAGCUGUCAUCAUUUGUCAGAAGAAAUCAACUGGCCCAGAAAACAGUGUGGAUGGCGCCUCCUAUGAAGUCAUGCAGAUCGACGUAGAAAUUGAAGAACCCAGUGACCCACCUGCCACACAGCUUGUCACAUGGCAGGUUGAAUAUCCAGGAGACAUCACAUCUGACUUGGGUGUAUCCAAGAUCUACGUGAGCCAAAAGGACUUGAUCGGCAUCAUCCCACUGGCCAUGGAGGCGGAAAUCCUGAACACAGCCAUCCUCACGGGGAAGACGGUGGCCGUUCCGGUGAAGGUGGUCUCUGUGGAGGAGGACGGCACCGUGACGGAUCUGCUGAAGUCUGUGGAAUGCAGAUCGUCUGAUGAAGACGUAAUUAAGGCAAGUGGACACCUUCCUGUCCCCACAGAAAUCUGCUGUCAGGUCAGCAUCAGUGUUCAUUGACCAGCAGGUCCUCUGGGUCCCACAGGAGCCCCCAUCCUGUUCUGGUUAUUCUGCCACUUCUGUCAGGAGAUCUCACUGCACAGAAAUAGACCAGGAGGGAAGCUGCCCUGGGAACAAUUCUGGUCAAUAACACACCUUUUAUUGUUGUUUCUGUCCCGUCCUUUCCUUGUUUUUCUUGCUUUCCUCACACCUGCUGCCAAGAAUCACCUCCCUACAUGCACCUAAUCCUUGUCUCAGGCUCUGCUUUCAAGUGACUCCAAAUUAAGAUAGUGGUACAGAGGUGAGAAAUCAUGGGAUGUUUGGAAAACUACCAUAGCUCAGCAUGGCUUGAAUAUAGGAAGAUUGUUGUUCAUGAUAAUUCCAAAAAUAGUAACUCCCUUUUAUGGAGCAUCUGCUGUGUGCCAGUCAAGGUGACAGUCUGGACCUUCUGAGACAGGUAAGAUCCUCAUUUGAAAAACGAGGAAACGGAGGCUCAGUUCACUAGUCAAAGAUCACGUGCUAGCAUGCAACGAGAUGUAGUUGGAGAGGUAAGUCUAACUCAGAUGCUGGACAGCCGUGAAUGCCAGUUUAAGGAGUUUAAUUUGAUCCUGCAAAUGGAAGGAUCAUCAUUGUAAGAAUUUAAGCAGUGGGGAGACUGGACUACUUUGUUAUUUCGCUAAACAAGCAUUUAUUGAGAGCCUACUUUUUGCCAUGGAGAAGUGUGAAAGAUGGGUCAGAGCAAGAGACCGCUGAGCCUGGUCCGGCUCCGUCCAUGUUGUUCCUACUUUUUAAGAUCCAGUUGAAGAUGUGCUUCCUCCUUCAAGUCGACUGUGACAACUCUGCCCGGUGUUGCUAUUUCUUAUCGCUGAAUUCAUAUGCAGUUCAAUCUGGUUGUCAUUUAUUGCGUACCCUCUGUAGCCAGGGCCCGGGGUGAGCACUAAGGAAACCGCGACGGUGAACCCACAGAAGAGAAGAUCUCAGAAACACACACACUCGAGGGAGGUCUAUUGCUUACAUUUUUUUUAGCUUCAGGUUUGCAACAUUGUGUGCGUAAUUUUAUACUCUAGAAAGUCUCUUUGCUGGUUAUAUAUUAUGAAUUAGUUAUGUUAUCCAUCUGAGUUUCUUCCUGGUUGUACAGCUUUAUGAAACACUGCUGAUUCCGAUAGUGGACUUUAUGCUUUGCCUCUCCAGCUUUCAUUUGCCCUUCUUCUGAUAACAAUAACCUGAUUUUCUCUAGAAAAUUCCUCCAUAUCCUUGCACUAAAUCCAUGCAGUGUAAUGGUAUUGUCUCUGCCUCAGCGUCCAGUGGCCAUGUGACUCAGGGUGGCCCAUCAAAGCCUUGCAUCCCUCUGGACACUGUCAUUAGCUCACGGAGAGACCCGGUGUCCAAUCCCAGCCAAGGGGAUGCAAUCUUCAGACUUUGGCUGGAACUCUGUCUAGAGACAUAUUUUCUUUCCUUUUGUUCUUUUUUUUUUCUUAAAGAUUGGCACCUGAGCUAACACCUGUUGCCAAUCUUCCU